GCCUCGAAGUAGAGGAAAAACUACAGUGGAGGAUGAAGAUAGCAUGGAUGGACUGGAGACAACAGAAACAGAAAAUACUGUGGAAACAGCAGAAAUCAAAGAACAAUCUGCAGAAGAGGAUGCUGAAGCAGAAGUGGACAACAAACAGCCAGUUCCACCUCUUCAGAGUUCUGUGUCUGAGGAGUCUGCCAGCUCCAUGGUCUCUGUUGGUGUGGAAGCCAAAAUCAGUGAACGGCUCUGCGCUUUUUGUUACUGUGGUGAAAAAAGUUCCUUAGGACAAGGAGACUUAAAACAAUUCAGAGUAACGCCUGGAUUUAUCUUGCCGCGGAAAAACCAACCUUCUAACAAGAAGGACAUUGAUGACAACAGCAAUGGAACCUGUGAGAAAAUACAAAACACAGCACCACGAAAACAAAGAGGACAGAGAAAAGAACGAUCUCCUCAGCAGAUUAUAAUAUCAUGUGUAAAUGUAAGCACCCAAACUGCUUCAGAUGAUCAGGCUGGUAAAUUAUGGGAUGAACUCAGUCUGGUUGGCCUUCCAGAUGCCAUCGAUGUCCAGGCCUUAUUUGAUACUACAGGCACUUGCUGGGCUCAUCACCGUUGUGUGGAGUGGUCACUGGGAGUAUGCCAGAUGGAAGAACCAUUAUCGGUGAAUGUGGACAAAGCUGUUGUCUCAGGGAGCACAGAACGAUGUGCAUUUUGUAAGCACCUUGGAGCCACUAUCAAAUGCUGUGAAGAGAAAUGUACCCAGAUGUACCAUUACCCUUGUGCUGCUGGAGCUGGCACCUUUCAGGACUUCAGUCACUUCUUCCUUCUUUGUCCAGAACACAUUGACCAAGCUCCUGAAAGAUCAAAGGAAGAUGCAAACUGCGCAGUGUGCGACAGCCCGGGAGACCUCUUAGAUCAGUUCUUUUGUACCACUUGUGGUCAGCACUAUCAUGGAAUGUGCCUGGAUAUAGCGGUUACUCCAUUAAAGCGUGCAGGUUGGCAAUGUCCUGAGUGCAAAGUGUGCCAGAACUGCAAACAAUCGGGAGAAGAUAGCAAGAUGCUAGUGUGUGAUACGUGUGACAAAGGGUAUCAUACUUUUUGUCUUCAACCAGUUAUGAAAUCCGUACCAACCAAUGGCUGGAAAUGCAAAAAUUGCAGAAUAUGUGUAGAAUGUGGCACACGAUCUAGUUCUCAGUGGCACCACAAUUGCCUAGUAUGUGACAGUUGUUACCAACAGCAGGAUAAUUUAUGUCCUUUUUGUGGGAAGUGCUACCAUCCAGAAUAUCAGGAAGACAUGCUUCAUUGUAAUAUGUGUAAAAGGUGGGUUCACUUAGAAUGUGACAAACCAACGGAUCAUGAACUAGAUUCUCAACUGAAAGAAGAGUAUAUCUGCAUGUAUUGUAAACACUUAACAGUCGCGAUGGAUUCGAUACAGCCAGGUGAUGAAAUGGAGGUGGCUGAACUCAGGACAGAUUAUAACAAUGAAAUGGAAGUUGAAGGACCUGAAGACCCUGUGGUAUUUCUGGAGCAAGCAGUUAGUAAAGAUGUCAGAGGUCAAGAGUUCAUACCUGGAAUUGUUCCAGAUGCAGUUGAAGUCCACGCUGAAGAGCAACAGAAAGCACCAGAAAGUCUUGACACAGAUUGUCUUCUCAUUUCUGAAUCAUCUGAAAAUAAAAUGCAUCUUGAAUUGGAAAGUCAGGUUUCUCGUGAAGUUAAUAGUGAAAAACUGGAAGUAUCUUCUAAAGUAAUGCAUAUUUGUCAUGAAGAUCAAAAUGAAAACAAAAUGGAAGUGACAGAAAACAUUGAAGUCAUUGCACACCAGGACAUUGUACAGCAAGAGCAACUACACUCAUCAGAAGAACCUAAAGUGGUGGUAUCCCCAGAAGAAUCAAGGCCUCCAAAAUCAACCAUUGAAUCUGUCUCUGUUCCACCAGAAACCUUAAAGUCCCCAUCUGAGGAAAGUACUUCUGUAUGUUCUAAAGAACAGUUGCCUACAGAAAGGUUACAAGCAGAAAUGGAACAGAAAGAAAAUUCUAAAUCUUCCACUGGGUUUAUGGAAUUUGAAAUGACUCCUGCAAUUGAGGGUUAUGUAAAAGAUAGUUCAUGCCAAGGAGACACAUCUUUAAAAUUACCAUCUGAGACAGAAUCAUCAUUUUCAUCAGUAGCAGACAUAAGCAAGGCAAAUGUGUCUUCCCCUCCAACUCUUCCUUCAGACUUGCCUUCACAUGACAUGCUGCAUUGUUACCCUUCAGCUCUCAAUUCUUCUGCUGGAAACAUCAUGCCAACAACUUACAUCUCAGUCACUCCAAAAAUUGGCAUGGGUAAACCAGCUAUUACCAAAAGAAAAUUUUCUCCCGGUAGACCUCGGUCCAAACAGACACAGGAUUUCACAAAGACAAAGAGGACAAAUUUAGAUAUGAUAGGUAGUAGGAGAUGGAAAAGGAGCCCUGGUGGUGCAGUUAAGCGCUUGACUGGUAAUCAAAAGGGGGCUUGGAGUACCCAUAAUACAGUGAGUCUACCUUCCUGGUCCCCAGACAUUUCAGAAGGUCGGGAAAUUUUUAAACCCAGGCAGCUCUCUGGCAGUGCCAUUUGGAGCAUCAAAGUGGGGCGUGGGUCAGGAUUUCCAGGAAAGCGGAGACCUCGUGGUGCAGGACUGUCAGGACGAGGUGGCAGAGGCAGGUCAAAAUUGAAAAGUGGAAUUGGAGCUGUUGUACUACCUGGGGUGUCUACUGCAGAUAUUUCAUCAAAUAAAGAUGAAGAAGAAAACUCUAUGCACAAUACAGUUGUGCUGUUUUCUAGUAGUGACAAGUUCACUUUGCAUCAGGAUAUGUGUGUAGUUUGUGGGAGUUUUGGCCAGGGAGCAGAGGGAAGAUUGCUUGCCUGUUCUCAGUGUGGUCAGUGUUACCAUCCGUACUGUGUCAGUAUUAAGAUCACUAAAGUUGUUCUUAGCAAAGGUUGGAGGUGUCUUGAAUGCACUGUAUGUGAGGCCUGUGGGAAGGCUACUGACCCAGGAAGACUCCUUCUUUGUGAUGAUUGUGACAUAAGUUAUCACACCUACUGCCUAGAUCCUCCAUUGCAGACAGUUCCCAAAGGAGGCUGGAAGUGCAAAUGGUGUGUUUGGUGCAGACACUGUGGAGCAACGUCUUCAGGUCUAAGAUGUGAAUGGCAAAACAAUUACACACAGUGUGCUCCCUGUGCAAGCUUAUCUUCAUGCCCGGUCUGCUAUCGACACUAUAGAGAAGAAGAUCUUAUUCUGCAGUGCAGACAAUGUGAUAGAUGGAUGCAUGCAGUUUGUCAAAACUUAAAUACCGAGGAGGAAGUGGAAAAUGUAGCAGACAUUGGUUUUGAUUGUAGCAUGUGCAGACCCUAUAUGCCUGCAUCAAAUGUGCCUUCCUCAGACUGCUGUGAAUCGUCACUUGUAGCACAAAUUGUCACAAAAGUAAAAGAGCUAGAUCCACCCAAAACCUACACCCAGGAUGGUGUUUGUUUGACCGAAUCAGGGAUGAGUCAAUUACAGAGCCUCACAGUUACAGUUCCAAGAAGAAAACGGUCAAAACCAAAGUUGAAAUUGAAGAUUAUAAAUCAGAAUAGUGUGGCUGUCCUUCAGACCCCUCCAGACAUCCAGUCAGAGCAUUCAAGGGAUGGUGAAAUGGAUGACAGUAGAGAAGGAGAACUUAUGGAUUGUGAUGGAAAGUCAGAAUCUAGUCCUGAGCGGGAAGCUGUGGAUGAUGAACCUAAGGGAGCAGAAGGAGCAGAGGGCACCAAAAAAAGAAAAAGGAAGCCGUACAGACCAGGUAUUGGUGGAUUUAUGGUACGGCAAAGAAGUCGAACAGGACAAGGAAAAACCAAAAGAUCUAUGAUCAGAAAAGACUCCUCAGGCUCUAUUUCUGAGCAGUUACCUAGCAGAGACGAUGGCUGGAGUGAGCAAUUACCAGAUACUGUAGUUGAUGAAUCUGUUUCUGUUACUGAAAGUACUGAAAAAAUAAAGAAGAGAUACCGAAAAAGGAAAAAUAAGCUUGAGGAGACCUUCCCUGCCUAUUUACAAGAAGCUUUCUUCGGAAAAGAUCUUCUAGAUACAAGUAGACAAUACAAGCUGAGUUUAGAUAAUCUGUCAGAAGAUGCAGCUCAACUUUCAUGUAAAACAAACUUGAACACAAAUUUCUUGGAUCCUUCAUUAGAGCCACUACUUAGUUCAUCCUCAACUCCAGCAAAACCUGCAACUCACGGUACUGCUGAUGACCCAUUAGCUGAUCUUUCAGAAGUAUUAAACACAGACGAUGACAUCCUUGGAAUAAUUUCAGAUGACUUAGCAAAAUCAGUUGAUCAUUCAGCUGGAAUAGAUAUUGGUCACGUCGCUGAUGAUCCUUCCUCUCUGCCUCAGCCAAGUGUCAAUCAGAGUUCACGAACAUUAAGUGAAGAGCAACUAGAUGGAAUCCUCAGUCCUGAACUAGACAAAAUGGUCACAGAUGGAGCAAUUCUUGGGAAGUUAUAUAAAAUUCCAGAGCUUGGAGGAAAGGAUGUUGAGGACUUGUUUACUGCUGUGCUUAGUCCUGCGACCACUCAGCCAAUUCCAUUACCACAGCCCCCACCCCCAUCCCACCUGUUGCCAGUACACAAUCAGGAUGUUUUUUCACGGAUACCACUCAUGAAUGGCCUUAUUGGACCCAGUCCGCAUCUCCCACAUAAUUCGUUGCCUCCUGGAAGUGGAUUGGGAACUUUCUCUGCUAUAGCACAACCCCCUUACACUGAUGCCAGGGAUAAAAAUCCAGCAUUUAAUCCAAUGGUGAGUGAUCCUAAUAGCUCUUGGACAUCAUCGGCUCCCACUAUGGAAGGAGAAAAUGAUACAAUGUCAAAUACCCAGAGAAGUACACUUAAGUGGGAGAAAGAAGAGGCUUUGGGUGAGAUGGCAACAGUGGCACCAGUUCUCUACACAAACAUUAAUUUUCCUAACUUAAAGGAAGAUUUCCCAGACUGGACUACCAGAGUGAAGCAGAUUGCUAAAUUGUGGAGAAAAGCAAGCUCACAGGAAAGAGCACCAUAUGUGCAAAAAGCCAGAGAUAACCGAGCUGCUUUACGCAUUAAUAAAGUACAGAUGUCAAGUGAUUCCAUGAAAAGGCAACAACAGCAAGAUAACAUCGAUCCCAGCUCUCGUAUUGAUUCAGAUCUUUUUAAAGAUCCAUUAAAGCAAAGAGAAUCGGAACAUGAACAGGAAUGGAAAUUUAGACAGCAAAUGCGUCAGAAAAGUAAGCAGCAAGCUAAAAUUGAAGCCACACAGAAACUUGAGCAGGUGAAGAAUGAACAGCAGCAACAGCAACAGCAGCAACAGCAGUUUGGUUCUCAGCAUCUUCUGACGCAGUCUGGUUCAGAUACACCAAGCAGUGGGAUCCAGAGUCCCUUGACACCUCAGCCUGGCAAUGGAAAUAUGUCUCCUGCACAGUCAUUCCAUAAAGACCUGUUUACAAAACAACUAGCUAGUACCCCUACUUCUUCAUCGUCAGAUGAUGUGUUUGUAAAACCACAAGCUCCACCUCCUCCUCCAACUCCAUCCCGGAUUCCCAUUCAGGAGAAUGUUUCUCAGUCUCAGAAUUCUCAACCAUCUUCACCACAGAUGUUUUCACCUGGAUCUUCUAACUCUCGACCACCAUCUCCAGUGGAUCCUUAUGCCAAAAUGGUUGGUACCCCUAGACCACCUCCAGGGGGCCAUAGUUUUUCCAGAAGAAAUUCUAUUACACCGGUGGAAAACUGCACACCGUUAUCAUCAGUACCUAGGCCCAUUCAGAUAAGUGAAACAACAGCAAAUAGGCCAUCACCAGUCAGAGAUUUGUGUUCUUCCUCCACGACAAAUAGUGACCCCUAUGCAAAGCCUCCAGACACGCCUAGACCUGUGAUGGCAGAUCAAUUUCCCAAACCCGUGGGCCUACCUAGAUCUCCUAUAGUUUCAGAACAAACUGCAAAAGGUCCUCUAACGUCUGGAACCAGUGAUCCCUUUACUAAACCAUCUCCUAGGGCAGAUGUGUUUCAGCGACCACGAAUCUCUGACCCAUAUGCACGACCUUUGUUGACAUCUGCCCCUCUCGAAAGUGGUCCUGGACCCUUUAAGACUCCAAUGCAGCCCCCUCCAUCCUCCCAGGAUCCUUAUGGAGCAGUGUCACAGGCACCAAGACGAAUGUCUAUUGACCCUUACGAACGGCCCGCUUUGACACCAAGACCUAUAGAUAAUUUUUCCCAUAGUCAACCCAGUGAUCCAUAUAGCCAGCCUCCCCUCACUCCACAUCCGGCAAUGAAUGAAUCUUUUGCUCAUCCUUCAAGGGCUUUCUCUCAGUCUGGAACCAUAUCAAGACAAAUAUCUCAGGACCCAUAUUCCCAACCCCCAGGAACACCACGACCUGUUGUAGAGUCUUAUUCCCAACCCUCAGGAACAGCUCGAUCCAAUCCGGACCCUUAUUCUCAACCUCCUGGAACUCCCCGGCCCACCACUGUUGAUCCAUAUAGUCAGCAGCCACAAACCCCAAGGCCAUCUACGCAAACAGACUUGUUUGCUACAUCUGCAACUACUCAGAGGCAUUCUGAUCCAUAUGCUCAUCCUCCUGGGACACCAAGACCUGGAAUUUCUGCUUCUUACUCUCAGCCACCAGCAACACCAAGGCCAAGGAUUUCAGAGGGUUUUACUAGGUCCUCAAUGACAAGACCAGUCCUCAUGCCAAAUCAGGAUAUUUUCCUACAGGCAGCACAAAAUCGAGGACCAGCUUUGUCUGGCCCUUUGGUAAGGCCACCUGAUAUAUGUUCCCAAACACCCAGGCCACCUGGACCUGGUCUUUCAGACACAUUUAGCCGUGUUUCCCCAUCUGCUGCCCGUGAUCCCUAUGAUCAGUCUCCAAUGACUCCAAGAUCUCAGUCAGACUCUUAUGGAACAAGUCAGGUUGCUCAUGAUGUCACUGACCAUCCAAGGCCUGGUUCAGAGGGGAACUUUAGUGCAUCUUCAAACUCUCCACUGAAUUCCCAAGGUCAGCCAUUUUCCAGUGUCUCCCAAAUUCCUGGACCUGUACCGACUUCAGGAGUAACUGAUACGCAGAAUACCAUCAAUAUGUCUCAAGCAGACGCAGAGAAAUUGAGACAGCGGCAAAAGUUACGUGAGAUCAUUCUCCAGCAGCAGCAGCAGAAGAAGAUUGCUGGUCGGCAGGAGAAGGGGUCACGGGAUUCACCAGUAGUGCCUCAUCCAGGGCCACUUCAGCACUGGCAACCAGAGAAUAUCAAUCAGGCUUUCACCAGACCUCCUCCUCCCUAUCCUGGGAACAUUAGAUCUCCUGUUAUACCUCCUCUGCGGCCUAGAUACGCUGUUUUCCCAAAAGAUCAGCGUGGGCCCUGUCCUCCUGAUGUCGCUAGUAUGGGGAUGCGACCUCAUGGAUUUAGAUUUGGAUUUUCAGGAGGUAAUCAUGGUGCCAUGUCAAGUCAAGAGCGCUUCCUUGUGUCUCCUCAACAAAUACAAGGAUCUGGAGUUCCUCCACAACUCAGAAGAUCCAUAUCUGUAGAUUUGCCUAGGCCUUUAAAUAACUCACAAAUGACUAAUCCAGUUGGACUUGCUCAACAUUUUUCACCACAGAGUCUGCCAGUUCAGCAGCAUAACAUACUGGGCCAAGCAUUUAUUGAAUUGAGGCAUAGGGCCCCUGAUGGAAGGCCACGGCUGCCCUUUAGUGCUCCUGCUAGCAGUGUUAUAGAGGCACCUUCUCAUCCAAGACAUGGAAGCUUCAUUCCCCGGCCAGACUUUCCAGGCCCUAGACACACAGACCCCAUGAGACGACCUCCCCAAGGUCUACCUAAUCAGCUGCCUGUGCAUCCAAAUUUGGAACAAGCACCACCGUCACAGCAAGAGCAAGGUCACCCUGCCCAUUCAUCUUCUAUGGACAUGAGGUCCCUGAGUCAUCCCUUAGGCGGUGAAUUUUCAGAGACUUCUUUGUCAACAUCUACACCAGCUGAAACAACAUCUGAUAAUUUACAGAUAACCAACCAGUCUUCUGAUGGUCUUGAAGAAAAACUUGAUUCUAUUGACCCAUCUGUAAAAGAACUAGAUGUCAAAGACCUCGAGGGAGUUGAAGUCAAAGACUUAGAUGAUGAGGAUCUUGAAAAUUUAAAUCUAGAUACAGAGGAUGGCAAGGGAGAUGAAUUGGAUACUUUAGAUAAUUUGGAAACUAAUGACCCCAACUUGGAUGACCUCUUGAGAUCAGGAGAAUUUGAUAUAAUUGCAUAUACAGAUCCAGAACUUGACUUAGGAGAUAAGAAAAGCAUGUUUAAUGAAGAACUAGACCUUAAUGUUCCAAUUGAUGAUAAUCAUUGUAUGUCUAUUGAACCAAAAAAAAAGGAGCCAGAAGACAAAACUUUGGUUCUUUCUGGUAAACAUUCUCCACAGAAAAAAUCCACUUUUUCCAGUGAGAUAAAAACAGAAGUACUAUCUCCAAAUUCUAAAGAGGAAACCAAAUACGAUAUUGAGAAAAGUGAGGGUAAAGGUGCUGUUGACAUCCCUUGCUCACAGGCUUCUACUAACACAGACCUUAAUGAUGGGGAAAAGGCCUCUUUGCAGCCUUGUAAACCAGAUCUGCCUGAGAAAAGAACUGAUCAGGAAACUGCUGACUCCAGCAUAAGUGUUCAAGGAUCCACUCUGCUGCCUGCUGAAGAUGUAAUUAGCUCUUGUGGCAUAACUGGAUCAACUCCUGUUCUCUCAAGUUUACUUGCUAGUGAAAAGUCAGAUAAUUCAGACAUUAGGCCAUUGGGAUCUCCACCACCAAGUUUGCCAGCCUCACCAUCCAAUCACGUGUCAAGUUUGCCUCCUACUUUAAUGACACCGCCUGGUCAUGUUUUGGAUAAUACAGUGAAUUCAAAUGUGGCAGUAGUCUCUAGGGUAAACCAUACUUUUUCUCAGGGUGUGCAAGUAAAUCCAGGAUUUGUUCAGGGUCAGUCAGCAAGUCACAGUUUUGGAACAGGAAAAUCUACAAAUCAGACUGUGCCUCUGACAAGUCAGUCUAGUACCAGUGGCAUGUCUGGACCUCAGCAGUUAAUGAUUCCUCAGACAUUAGCCCAGCAGAAUAGAGAGAGGCCCCUCCUUCUAGAGGAACAGCCUCUACUUCUACAGGAUCUUUUGGAUCAAGAGAGGCAAGAACAGCAGCAGCAAAGAAAAAUGCAAGCCAUGAUCCGUCAGCGGUCAGAACCAUUCUUCCCUAAUAUUGAUUUUGAUGCAAUUACAGAUCCUAUAAUGAAAGCCAAAAUGGUGGCCCUUAAAGGCAUAAAUAAAGUAAUGGCACAAAACAAUAUGGGCAUGCCACCCAUGGUUAUGAACAGGUUCCCGUUUAUGGGUCAGCCAGUGGCUGGAGCACAAAACAGUGAAGGCCAGAGUCUCAUACCACAGGCGAUGACUCAGGAUGGCAGUAUAACACAUCAGAUUUCUAGGCCUAAUCCUCCAAAUUUUGGUCCAGGCUUUGUCAAUGACUCACAACGUAAACAGUAUGAAGAAUGGCUUCAGGAGACCCAACAGCUUCUUCAGAUGCAGCAGAAAUAUCUUGAAGAACAAAUUGGUGCACACAGAAAAUCUAAGAAGGCCCUUUCAGCUAAGCAACGUACUGCCAAGAAAGCUGGGCGUGAGUUUCCAGAGGAGGAUGCAGAACAACUCAAGCAUGUUACUGAGCAGCAAAGCAUGGUUCAGAAACAGCUGGAACAGAUUCGUAAACAACAGAAAGAGCAUGCGGAGCUGAUUGAAGAUUAUCGCAUCAAACAGCAGCAGCAGCAGUGUGCCAUGGCCCCACCUACCAUUAUGCCCGGUGUCCAGCCCCAGCCAUCUCUUGUUCCAGGAACCACUCCACCCUCCGUUAGUCAGCCCAGCUUCCCCAUGGUGCCACAGCAGCUACAGCACCAGCAACACACAGCAGUCAUUCCUGGCCAUAGCAGCCCUGCCAGAAUGCCCAGUUUACCUGGAUGGCAGCCUACCAAUGCUCCCGCUCACCUGCCCCUCAAUCCGCCUAGGAUUCCAGCCCCAAUUGCCCAGUUACCAAUAAAAACUUGCACACCAGCCCCAGGGACAGUGUCAAAUGCAAAUCCACAGAGUGGACCACCACCACGGGUAGAAUUUGAUGACAAUAACCCCUUUAGUGAAAGCUUUCAAGAACGGGAACGUAAGGAACGUUUACGAGAACAGCAGGAAAGACAGCGAAUCCAACUCAUGCAGGAAGUAGAUAGACAGAGAGCUUUGCAGCAGAGGAUGGAAAUGGAACAGCAUGGCAUGAUGGGCUCAGAGCUCAGUAGUAGGGCAUCUGUGUCCCAGAUUCCAUUCUAUAGUUCUGACUUACCUUGUGAUUUUAUGCAACCUCCAAGACCCCUUCAGCAGUCUCCACAACACCAACAGCAAAUGGGGCAGGUUUUACAGCAGCAGAAUAUACAACAAGGAUCUAUGAAUUCUCCUCCUACCCAUACUUUCAUGCAAACAAAUGAGCGAAGACAGGUAGGGCCUCCCGCAUUUGUUCCUGAUUCACUGUCAAUUCCUGGGGGAAGUCCGAAUUUCCCUUCUGUUAAGCAGAUGCAUGGAAGUCUUUCUGGCAUCAGCUUCCAGCAGUCCCAGGUGAGGCCUCCUUUUACACCUGCAUUACCAGCAGCACCUCCAGUAGCUAAUAGUGGUCUUCCAUGUGGCCAAGAAGCUGCUGUAACCCAUGGACAGAGUUACCCGGCGUCAAACCAGUCUCUCAUUCAGUUGUAUUCUGACAUAAUCCCAGAAGAAAAAGGGAAAAAGAAAAGAACAAGAAAAAAGAAAAAAGAUGAUGAUGCAGAAUCUACCAAGGCACCAUCAACUCCCCAUUCAGAUGUAACUGCUCCACCGACUCCAAGCAUCUCAGAAACUACCUCUACUCCUACAGUGAACACACCCAGUGAGCUUCCUCAGCAAGCAGAACAAGAGUCAGUGGAACCAGCAGGUCCAACAACCCCUAAUGCAGCAGCCAGCCAGCUGUGCACAGAAUCAGAAAACAAACUGCCCAUUAGUGAUUGUUCACAAGGAACUCCGAAUCAACAGACUCAUGCAAAUCCAGAGAUGGAUAAGCUGUCCGUGGAAACCCCUGCCAAAAUUGAAGAGGUAAAACUAGAACAGGCUGAAACAGAGCAGUGCCCUGGCCGAGACGAGCCUAAGUUGGAGGAAGAAACCAGUAAUAAGGUGGAAGAAAAAACUGUAGCCCAUCCUGUCUCCUCAGCACAGAGCCCUCCUCGUCCUGUUGGGGGCCCUGCUGCCAAAGGAGAUGCAGGGAAUGAACUUCUGAAACACUUGUUGAAAAAUAAAAAGUCAUCUUCCCUUAUAAAUCAGAAACCUGAAGGCAGUUUUUGUUCCGAAGGCGACUGUGCAAAGGAUAAGAAACUAGUUGAGAAGCAGAACCCAGCUGAAGGAUUGCAAACUUUGGGGGCUCAAAUGCAAGGUGGUUUUGGAUGUGGCAACAACCAGUUGCCAAAAAUAGAUGGAGGAAGUGAAACCAAGAAACAGCGAACCAAACGGGUUCAGAAGACUGGAGAGAAAGCAGCACCUCGCUCAAAGAAAAGGAAAAAGGAUGAAGAGGAGAAACAAACUAUGUACCCAAACACUGAUACGUUCACCCACUUGAAACAGCAGCUCUCUCUGCUCCCCCUAAUGGAACCAAUCAUUGGAGUGAACUUUGCACACUUUCUUCCUUAUGGCAGUGGCCAAUUUAAUAGUGGGAAUCGACUUCUAGGAUCUUUUGGCAGUGCUACCCUUGAAGGGGUUUCGGAUUACUAUUCUCAGUUGAUAUACAAGCAGAAUAAUUUAAGUAAUCCUCCAACACCCCCUGCCUCUCUUCCUCCUACACCACCUCCUUUGGCUUGUCAGAAGAUGGCAAAUGGUUUUGCAACAACUGAAGAGCUUGCUGGAAAAGCUGGAGUGUUAGUGAGCCAUGAAGUUACCAAACCUCUAGGACCUAAACCAUUUCAGCUGCCAUUCAGACCACAGGACGACUUGUUAGCCAGAGCUAUUGCUCAGGGCCCAAAGACAGUUGAUGUUCCAGCUUCACUUCCAACACCACCUCAUAAUAAUCAAGAAGAAUUAAGGAUACAGGAUCACUGUGGUGAUCGGGACACUCCUGACAGUUUUGUUCCCUCAUCCUCUCCUGAAAGUGUGGUUGGCACGGCAGUGAGCAGAUACCCAGAUUUGUCAUUAGUCAAAGAGGAACCUCCAGAACCUGUGCCCUCCCCGAUCAUUCCAAUUCUUCCUAGCAAUACUGGGAAAAGUUCAGAAUCUAGGAGGAAUGACAUCAAAACUGAGCCAGGCACUUUAUUUUUCACAUCACCUUUUGGUACAUCCCCAAAUGGUCCCAGAUCGAGCCUUAUAUCUGUAGCAAUUACCCUGCAUCCUACAGCUGCUGAGAACAUUAGCAGUGUUGUGGCUGCAUUUUCCGAUCUUCUUCAUGUCCGAAUUCCUAACAGCUAUGAGGUUAGUAAUGCUCCAGAUAUUCCAUCCGUGGGUUUGGUCAGUAGCCACAGAAUAAACCCAGGUUUGGAGUAUCGGCAGCACUUACUUCUUCGUGGGCCUCCACCAGCGUCUGCAAACCCUCCCAGAUUAGCAAGCUCCUACCAGCUAAAGCAGCCUAAUGCACCAUUUCCUCCAACAAACAACGGUGUCACUGGAUAUAAGGAUUCUAAUCAUGGUAUUGCAGAAGGCUCGGCACUCAGACCACAGUGGUGUUGUCACUGUAAAGUGGUAAUUCUGGGUAGUGGUGUGCGGAAAUCUUUCAAAGAUCUAACCUUUGUGAGCAAGGAUUCCCGAGAAAGUUUCAGUAGAGUGGAGAAGGACAUUGUCUUUUGUAGUAAUAACUGCUUUAUUCUUUAUUCAUCAACUGCACAAGCAAAAAACUCAGAAAGCAAGGAAUCCGUUCCUUCGUUGUCACAGUCACCUGUAAAAGAAGUGUCUUCCAAAGCAUUCCAUCAGUAUAGUAACAACAUCUCUACUUUAGAUGUGCACUGUCUCCCGCAGCUUCAGGGAAGAGUGUCUCCCCCUGCAUCGCCUCCCAUCACUUUCCCUCCUGCUUUUGAAGCAGCCAAAGUAGAGGCAAAGCCAGAUGAACUUAAGGUAACAGUCAAGUUAAAGCCCCGGCUAAGAACCAUACAUAGCGGGUUUGACGACUGUAGGCCUUUAACUAAAAAGUGGAGAGGAAUGAAGUGGAAGAAAUGGAGCAUUCAUAUUGUCAUCCCCAAGGGAACAUUCAAACCACCCUGUGAGGAUGAAAUUGAUGAAUUUCUAAAGAAAUUGGGCACUUCCCUUAAACCUGAUCCUGUGCCCAAAGACUAUAGGAAGUGUUGCUUUUGUCAUGAAGAAGGUGAUGGAUUGACAGAUGGGCCAGCAAGGCUGCUCAACCUUGACUUAGAUCUGUGGGUCCACUUGAAUUGUGCUCUGUGGUCCACAGAGGUCUAUGAGACCCAAGCUGGUGCCUUAAUCAAUGUGGAGCUAGCACUGAGGAGAGGCCUGCAAAUGAAAUGUGUCUUCUGUCAUAAAAUGGGUGCCACCAGCGGGUGUCACAGAUUUCGGUGCACCAACAUUUACCACUUUACUUGUGCCAUUAAAGCACAAUGCAUGUUUUUUAAGGACAAAACGAUGCUUUGUCCCAUGCACAAACCAAAGGGAAUUCAUGAGCAAGAAUUAAGUUACUUUGCAGUCUUCAGGCGGGUCUAUGUUCAACGUGAUGAAGUACGGCAGAUUGCUAGCAUUGUGCAGCGAGGAGAGCGCGACCACACCUUUCGUGUUGGAAGCCUCAUCUUCCACACCAUUGGCCAGCUGCUCCCACAGCAGAUGCAAGCAUUCCAUUCUCCUAAAGCACUGUACCCUGUGGGUUAUGAAGCCAGCCGGUUGUACUGGAGCACACGCUAUGCCAACCGGCGCUGUCGCUAUCUCUGCUCCAUUGAGGAGAAAGACGGGCAUCCAGUGUUCGUGAUCAGGAUUGUGGAGCAAGGCCAUGAAGACAUGAUCUUAAGUGACACCUCACCCAAAGGUGUGUGGGAUAAAAUAUUGGAGCCUGUGGCAUGUGUGAGAAAAAAGUCUGAAAUGCUGCAGCUUUUCCCAGCGUACUUAAAGGGAGAGGAUCUGUUCGGAUUAACGGUCUCUGCAGUGGCGCGCAUAGCUGAAUCACUACCUGGGGUUGAGGCAUGUGAAAACUAUACCUUCCGAUACGGCCGAAAUCCUCUCAUGGAACUUCCUCUUGCCGUUAACCCCACAGGUUGUGCCCGUUCUGAACCUAAAAUGAGUACCCAUGUCAAGAGGUUUGUGUUAAGGCCUCACACCUUGAAUAGCACCAGCACCUCAAAGUCGUUUCAGAGCACAGUCACUGGAGAACUGAAUGCGCCUUACAGUAAGCAGUUUGUCCAUUCCAAGUCAUCUCAGUACCGGAAAAUGAAGACUGAAUGGAAAUCCAAUGUGUACCUAGCCCGGUCUCGAAUUCAGGGACUGGGCCUAUAUGCUGCUAGAGACAUUGAGAAGCACACCAUGGUCAUUGAAUAUAUUGGGACUAUCAUUCGAAAUGAAGUAGCAAACAGAAAAGAGAAACUUUAUGAGUCUCAGAACCGCGGCGUGUACAUGUUCCGCAUGGAUAAUGACCAUGUUAUCGACGCCACACUUACAGGAGGGCCUGCAAGAUAUAUCAACCAUUCAUGCGCACCCAAUUGUGUGGCUGAAGUGGUGACUUUUGAAAGAGGACAUAAAAUUAUCAUCAGCUCCAACCGGAGAAUCCAGAAAGGAGAAGAGCUUUGCUAUGACUACAAGUUUGACUUUGAAGAUGACCAGCACAAGAUCGCGUGUCACUGUGGAGCUGUGAACUGCCGGAAGUGGAUGAACUGAGAGCAUCCCUCGCCCGAGCGCGGCGACUUGUCCCUAGGAAGAAGUGAUUCAACACGCCUUUGAAUUUUACAGACAGAAAGAUACUUUUGUUUUCUGUUUUAUGACUUUUUGAAAAAUAGCUUCUGGGAAUUCUGAUUUCCUUAGUACUUUCGGUUAAAGCGGCCCCAGGAGAAAGCUGACAAAAGCGACUUCCUGAAGUUCUGAGGCUAACAGAACCGCAGAAUGGUCAAGCACUUUUGCUUUUUUUUUUUUUCUUUUUCCCUUUUCUCUUGAUUUUCUUUCUUUUCUUUUGCUUUUUUUUUGGCGGGUGGGUUUUGUUUAGCGUUUUUUUUUUUUAAUCUCACUAAGGAGAAACUUUUACUGGGGCAAAGAGCCGAUGGCUGCCCUGCCCCACGGCAGGGGCCUCCUAUGAAUGUAAGACUGAAAUCACCAGCGAAAGGGAGAUGUCCAAAGUGCUGGCCACGGCCUUAUUUGAAAAGGGGCAGGCCCUCUAAUUUAAAAAUUUUUAAAUAAAGUAGACACCACUGAACAAGGAAUGUACUGAAAUGACUUCCUUAGGGAUAGAGCUAAGGGAUAAUAACUUGCACUAAAAUACAUUUAAAUACUUGAUUCCAUGAGUCAGUUUAUUGUAGUUUUUGAUUUCUGUAAAAUAAGAGAAACUUUUUGUAUUUAUUAUUGAAUAAGUGAAUGAAGCUAUUUUUAAAUAAAAGUUAGAAGAAAGCCAAGCUGCUGCUGUGACCUGCAGAACUAACAAACUCUGUUACUUUGUACAAAUAUGUAAAUAUUUUGAGAAGAAAAUACAGUAUAAAAAUAGUUAUUGACCAAAUGCUACCAGGCUCUGCAGCAGCUCGGGUGCUUAUAAAAUGUUCCUAGGGAUGUUACAAUAUAAUUUUAUGUUAUUAAAUCUGCCAUUAUAAUUAAGUAAUAACCAAAAUUUCAACCUACAGUGUUUGGGAUUUUUUGGAAACUGUGGUCUAUUAGUACUUAAUUGUUUUAUACACCUUCUGAUAGAACGGAGUGUAUACUAUGACUACAACUUUUAUAGCUGUUUUGGUAAUUUAAACUAAUUUUUUCAUAUUAUAUUGUUGCAUCCCUACUUCUUCAGUCAGGUUUUUUGUGCUUACAAUUUGUGAUAACUGUGAAUAACUGCUUAAAAAUACACCCAAAUGGAGGCUGAAUUUUUUCUUCAGCAAAGUAGUUUUGAUUAGAACUUUGUUUCAGGCUGCAAAGAAUCAUGUAAACAUAAUAGGAUAAUGUAGCAGGAACCUAAGUCUAACUCCUUAGCCUUCUAUUUAACACAAAAAAAUGGAAAAAAAGAAAAAAAGGAGAGAUGUGAUUAUGCUUGCAGCUGCAGGACUCCGGCAAUAGGGUUUUGAAAGAUGUAAUUUUAAAAUGUGUUUGUAUGAACUGUUUGUUUACAUUUCUUUAAUAAAAACAAAAAAAAAAUACAAACAAAAAAAACACCAUUUUGUGUUUGCUUAUAGAAACUUAAUCAGCAUUUUGAAACAGGUUAGCUUUUUAUUUUGUACUUAAAAUUCUGGUACUGACACUUCACAGGCUAAAUGUAAAAUGAAGUUUUUUGUGUGCACAAUAAAGUGGACUGUAAGCUGUGGGUAUAUCAGUGAUACAGUUCUCAACUUGUAUAUGGCAUGAUGUAUUUUUAUCUUACAGAAUAAAUCGUGUAUAUAUUUUUCUCUUGAUAAAUAGCUGUAUGAAAUUUGUUUCUUGAAUAUUUUUCUUCUCUCGUACAAUAUUCUGACAUCCUACCAGUAUUUGUCCUACCAGGUUUUUGUUUUGUUUUGUUUUCUGUUCUGUAAAAUAGUAUCUAAUGUUGGCAAAAAUUGAAUUUUUUGAAGUAUACAGAGUGUUAUGGGUUUUGGAAUUUGUGGACACAGAUUUAGAAGAUCACCAUUUACAAAUAAAAAUAUUUUACAUCUAUAAA